UUGGCAACAGAUUUUAUUUUGUUUUAUUUUUCAAAAGGAGAUUAUUCUGGUAAAGAAUUUUUAACAAAUAAAAUGCUUAGAUAUAGGCAAAAAUAUUUGAGGAAUAAGAAGAAUGAAACCUGAUCUAAUACAAAUACAAAUACUAAUACAAAGAACCCUAUUAGCAUACUAGGUAUUCCAUACUUUCUGAUAGUAAUCCUUGAAGCAAGCGAUUCAGAUUAAGUAGCUGAUGGGGAAGACAAAACGAACAGACAUGGAAGACCGGAUUAGCGAGCUUCCUGAACUGGUUCUGUCUUCUAUUCUAUCAAAAUUACCUCCUAAAGACAUCAUCAGAACAGGUGUAUUAUCCAAGGCAUGGAAGCAACAUCGAGAACUAAUAGAGUACAAAUUGGAUCUUCAUCUUCUAAACUUGUUGGAAAGCAAAUAUACCAAUGGUUUGAGACGCCAUUAUCAUUUAUAUGAUCAUGGUUCAAAAGUUUAUAAUUAUAAACAUUUUCUAGAGGUCAGGAGAGAAUUUAUGAAUCGAGUUGAUAAAGUAUUGCAUCACUUCAAAAGCUCAAAAAUAACAUCUUUGAAAGUGACUUGUUUCCUGGAUUCUGGAAAUUCUUCAGAUAUUGAUUGCUGGAUUAAUUCAGCAAUAGCUUUUGGAGUUGAAGAACUUCAACUUCUUUGUUCAAAUGAUGUUGCCUCGAUAAUAACUACGGCCGGAUUUUAUAAAUUCCCUUAUUGGUUUUUCAAACAAUCGUUUUUAAGGCAUUUAAAGUUGGAACGGUGCAUUCUAACACCAACUUCUGAUUUUACUGGAUUCAGCAAACUAUUAACUUUGAGUUUGAGACAAGUGAGACUUUGCAAGGAUUUCUGUGAUUCUCUUUUCACUAAUUGUUCCCUUCUUCAAGAACUAACCCUCGACUUUUGUGACAUCCCCGUGUCUUCGGUUCUAAGAAUUGUUAGUGCAUCGCUUCAACAAUUGUCAUUGCUCAAUAAUUAUACUACUAACUUAUCGAUGAAUGUUGAGAUAUAUGCUGUAAAUCUCUUCUCUUUUACGUACACAAGUUUUAUUGAGGCAACAACUGUUUUAUUUCAUACUCCUAGUCUUGCAAACUUCUGUUUCGAUGUUUUGGAUCGAGAUACAACUUGUUUAUUAUCUCAAGUAGCAACACUGCCAAGUUUAGAGAUCCUAAGUUUUUUCCAUUAUCCAUGUCAGCCGCCUUAUCUGGAUAAGCUCUCAUUCCAGUUUGGAAAUCUCAAGCAAUUGAAGUUAGUCUACGAUGAAUAUGGAAGAACUGUGUUGGAAUAUUUUACAUGGCUGUUUGAUAUUCUUCAGGCUUGCCCUGUUCUAAAGAAAUUUCAAAUCUCAUUUUUGGAUCGAUCAUCUCCUAACAACAAGGAAGAGAUCGGAAACCUUUGUGGAUACACGUAUAAAACUCUAAAAGAAAUGAAGAUGACAGGAAGUACCGGGAAUUGGAACGAAAUUGAGCUGAUAUUAUUUAUAUUGAAGAAUGCAAUUGCACUUGAACGAGUAAUUAUUGAACCCUCAUUAGAUCUUUAUAAUGGAAAAGAUUUGGUUCCCAGAGAAGGAAAAUCUUCUGAAUCAGUUCACGAAACUUUUCGAAGAUCGCUUCAAAAUAAAAUACCUCAUGGUGUUGAACUUGUAAUUCGAUGAUAUUAAUAGUUUAGUUCGUUAUUUUCAUUUUAGGAUUUGUACAAGUAUUCUGCAUAUUUUAUUAGCUAGACAAUCACAUAUUCUGCAUAUUUUGUUAGCUAUUUUGAGCCUUUUCUUCUGUAGAAUUCUGGAUCAAUUCUCAAGACUUUGACAAGUAUAUUAUGAGA